AUGGCAAUUAUUUAUACAUGUAAUUUGAAAGAAGAUCAAUAUAAUCCAUAUUCUACUGAUUUAAAUAGGGAAAGAAUGGAAUGUAGAAUACCUCGUAGAUCUAUUCUUUUUAUAUCAUUAAGUUUAUGUGUAAUUUCGUUAUUUUAUAUAUCUUUAUUGGAUGUAUUCCAUGAAAAUGUAAUUCAACGAACAAAAUAUAAUGUAAUAAUAUCACGAAAUUUAUCUCAAUCUGAAAAUAAAAAUAAGAAUGUUCAAAGAAAAAAUGUAAAGAAACUUUUGGAAGAAAUGCAUGAAAGUUCCAUAAAUUCAAAAAAUAAUAAAGGAAUUACAUCAGAAAAUAAGGAUAAUAAUGAUGUAUCAAAGAAAUUAAAGGAAAAAGAAUUAUAUGAUAUUUUAAAUUCAUUAAAAGAAUGUCCCCCCAAAGACGAUCUUAAUAAUAUAUGGAAUCACGCAAUGGGCGUCGUAAAAGAGGAUUUUGAUAAUGUAUUGUAUGAUUUAGAGACAUCAAUACAAGAAUAUCUAGAUAGUGAUUAUAGUUAUUCGUACUGUUGUGUUAAAUUCAAACCUGUAUAUGCCAGUAUAUUGGAAGAAAAUAUUGCAAGAUUUAAUGGAACAUUCGAAAAAGAACUGAAAAAAUAUACUGAUAAAUUUUUUAGUUUAAUUAAAGGUAAACCUACACUUGAUGAUAUAUUAAAAUUUAUUUAUUCGUUCUUAGAACAUUUUAGAACCUUAAAAAAAGAAUUACAUAAAAAACAUAAAAAGGAACUGCUUCGAAAAGUUGAGGAACCUUGGAAUGGUUAA